AAACAAAUCUUCCUUUUUCUCUUUCUUUUUUUCGGAUUUGGUUUUAGGAAGGGUUUGGCUCUGAAGGUCUCAAUUCUCUCGCCUCUUCCCCUUCCAUGGCUGCAUGCUUGUCAGCAUUCAGCCACCAACAGUUUCAAGGGUUUUCGACCUUUUACAUGGAAGAAUAGGAAGACUAAAAGAGAAAAGGCAAGAACUUUGAGACCCAAAAUAAUAACAAAUAAAAGAAAAGUAAAAUCAAGUUUUAAUUUGCCUUGGGCCCUGGUCUCUCCAAGGGCCCUUUUUAUUUUAUUCUCUUGCCGGAAUCUGACGACGGCGACACUAAAGAUGUUAUCUCGCUCGUUUAAUGAGUUGUAGUUCGUUGUGGAGGUUUCAAUUUUUUCCUCAAGCGACAUCACCAAAGAAGCCUUUAAUGGUUGAAAGUUUGAGAAUUUUUUGAUCUGGGUUAAUCUCAAAGAAAUUCUAUUUUCUCAAGAUGUAUGCGGUGGGGCGAAUAGGGAGCUAUAUCACCAAGGGAGUCUCAACCGUCUCCGGCCCUUUCCAUCCAUUUGGUGGGGCUGUGGACAUAGUUGUGGUAGAGCAAGCUGAUGGCAGCUUCAAGUCUUCACCUUGGUACGUUAGAUUUGGCAAAUUCCAAGGUGUUCUUAAGGCAAAAGAAAAGAUAGUAAGCAUCAACGUCAAUGGAGUCGAUGUAGAUUUCAACAUGUACCUUGAUCAAAGAGGUGAAGCUUUCUUUAUUAGGGAUGAAGAUGAAGAUGAAGAUGAUGAUUCUUGUUCAAUGUAUAGUAACGGUCGUCACCCCGAUAGGCAGCAUGGAUGGCGUCAGAGGCACGCACAGAGUCUGGAUUUUGAUCAUAGUAGUUUGGAUUCACCAGACUUCGCCACAGAGAGCAAUGAGAAGUUCAUGCUGAGAGCUCGUUCAGGAGGACCAAGGAUUAUGGGGAUUGUUUUCGGUAGGAGGGCAAUGAAAGGAGGAGGAGAUGGUUUUCAGCAAGGUCAUGGCCAUACGAGGGUGAGUUCACUAGAGCGUGCUGAGAUGGCUGCUGAUCUGUUGGAAGUCAGAUGGUCCACUAGUCUUUCCCCUCCUGACCCAACCAAUGAUAGAACUAAUGAAGGGAACAAGACAACAUCGUUGUCUGUUGUUAACCAUGGUGAAAGCAGUUUGGCUAAAGAAAAUAGCUCUCAGCAGCAUGUGUAUAAGGAAGCUUUUGUAGAUAAAGUAAGUGUAGAUAACAAUGGACAAGUUGUUGAAACUUUCGCUCAAAUUGUACUAGAAAUGCCUCAAAAUGUGGAUGAAUAUAGCGUUACAAACGUUGGUCUCAAAGGUGGUGAUGUUGAUGAUGUUAUGUCUGAAGCUGGAAAUCCCAAUUCAACAGUUUCAGGGCCAGGAUCAUCAAAAUCUGUUUCAGAAUGCAACAAAGUCCAAUCCAUUACCUAUUGUGGGACAUCAGAGAGCUCGUUUGUGAGAUCGAAGAGUUCUAGUGAAGAAACAGUUGAGACAAUAUGCAUUGCUAGUGGAGGACGCGAUGAAUCAAAUUUGCUUGCUAAGGCUGUGGAUAUGGUGUCUGAACAGCUACCUGAGGUGAUAGAGAUUCGUCAUGGGGAGAUGGUUAGCCAAGAAACUGAGGAAACUAAGUAUGAGUCAGGAAGUGAAAAGGCUUCCUGUGAUAUUGUUUCUGAGCAACAAAUUUCAUCACAUGCUCAACUACGCAGUUGCAACGUGUUCCAACCUUCAAUGAAGUCCAUUAAUGAACCCAAACAACCAACCGGAUGUUGCAUGACCAAAUUGGUUAGUUUUCCAGCCUCAGAGUGUUCAGAAGGUGAACAGUUCCACUUCAGUGAUCUUGAUGAAUUAAAUUUUAGAGAGACUCAGUUUACAGGAAAUGGUUUAAAUAAGCAAUUUGAUGGAAUCAAUGAACCACCUUCAUCUGCCGACCAUUUUGAUCAAGAGAAUCAAGUAAUUGAGCUUGGGAAUCCAAUGGGCGAUUCGACAAAAGCCUCUACUCCCAUUGAUAUAUCUAAUGUUCAUUAUAUUGCUGAGCAGGAAGGCGGUGGUCGCCUAGUUGAAUCAUUACCAAGUGCAUGUUCAGAACUUGAGAUAUGUGAUUCCAAUGGCAUCCAUAAUCCUUUAAGCCAUUCGUUGGAAUCAAAUUCCAUAUCUCGCCAGAAAGGUCCUGGGAAUGAUGAUUUAGGUUGUUUAAAUGUGGAUAAAAACAAGGAAGGGUUAGAGCAAGAGAAUCCCCAUUCUAGAGAGGCAAAUCCUCUGGUUGUAGGGAAUGCAUCACAAUCUCCGGCAAAUGCUCACACAAGUUGGAAAUUUUGGCCAUUUUCUUCAAAGAAAUCAAAACUUAAGAAGACCACCAAGUUAGACAGUAAGACCGACAACGUGAAGCCAGAGAAUGGUUCAGAUAGUAAAACUGACAUGAUUUCCCAAAAUGCUUCAGAUAGUAAGAAUGACAAUGCAAAGUCAGAGAAUUGUUCAGAUAGUAAAGCUGACAACAUAAUGUCCCAAAAUGCAUCAGACAGUAAGACUGAGAAUGGGAGGUCGGAGAGUUCUUCGGAUAGUAAUGUUGAUAGCAAGAUUUCUCAGAAGGCAUCAAAUGAUAAAGUCGAUGGUGUAAUGUCUCAAAAUGACAUUGACAACAAGAGUGGAAGAGAAGGAAAUGAGGUUGCAACAAAUGUUAGAAAAAAGAAGAUAAGGGCACCCACUCCAACAUCUCAACAAUUGGCAUCCUUAAAUCUUAACGAGGGAGCAAAUGUGGUGACAUUCACUUUCUCAACGUCAAUGUUGGGGAAACAAACGGUUGAUGCAAGGAUUUUUAGAUGGAAAUUUGACGAUCGCAUAGUAAUCUCGGACGUUGACGGGACAAUUACUAAAUCAGAUGUGCUCGGUCAAUUCAUGCCGUUGGUUGGUUAUGAUUGGUCACAAACUGGGGUUACCCGACUAUUUUCAGCUAUUAAGGACAAUGGGUACAAACUACUAUUUCUCAGUGCAAGAUCGAUUUCUCAAGCAUAUCAUACUAGACAGUUUCUAUUCAACCUAACUCAGGAUGGGACUGCUUUACCAGAAGGUCCUGUUGUUAUAUCCCCAGAUGGACUCUUUCCUUCUUUGUAUCGUGAAGUCAUUAGGAGGGCACCUCACGAAUUCAAGAUUUCUUGUUUAGAGGACAUCAAGGCAUUAUUUCCUUCAGAUCACAGCCCGUUCUACGCUGGAUUCGGAAAUAGAGACACCGAUGAGCUUAGCUACCUCAAAGUCGGGAUUCCAAGGGGGAAAAUAUUCAUCAUCAAUCCAAAGGGCGAGGUUUCUGUUCAUCGUCGGGUUGACACAAAAUCUUACACUUCCCUUCAUGAUCUCGUCGAUGAAAUGUUCCCCCACCCGGUGACGGUUAAGGAGCAGGAGGAUUUCAACUCAUGGAACUACUGGAGAUUGUCGCCUCUUGGCUCCCAUACUUGAACCAUGAUGGAGAAUCGAAAAAAAGACAAAAAUUGUGAAAGAGCAUUAAAGUUCUUAACUUUCACUGCAAAGAGAGAGAAAAAUCAUUUUGUGCUUGUUUCAGGGUUCUUGUAGCACAAGGAUUGCAUAGCUGAUGUGGCGCUCUUCAUAGCUACACACGGGGGCGAUUGAUCGGUUUUGGCAGUGAAUUCAUUCAUUUCUAUGGAAGGCAAAUGUAACAUAUGUAUAGUUACUUUCUGGCCAAGAAAGUGUAAUUUUGUACAAGGUAAAUUGUAUAUACAUCGAUAAUACCAUGAGUGUCUUAGGCAUAUUGUUGGCAGAGAACCUCAUGGGAGUAGGGUUAUAACUUUCAGAAAAAUGGAAAAAAUAAAACAAUAUAAAUGUAGUGUUUCUCUUCAAAGGCCGCUCCAAUUUGAUCCUCAAAUUCUGCACGACCUCAAAGGUUUGGAAGCAGACUUGCACUCUUUUGCCAAAUAAUGUUUGGAACUAUGAAUUCUAAGUAUGGAAUCAUAUGUAAUUUUGUAGCCAAAUGCAGGUAUUAAGAAUGAUG